AUGAGUUUCCUUUAUGCUGAUGUGGUGGGGAAGGAUUCCCUGCCGUCUGCUGCCCCGGUGGUGUUACCAGGUUCCUCGGAUGUCGUUCCCGUAAGUGCAGUUGGAGGUGUGGGUGUCGGGGUGGUGGUGGGUGCAGAUGAACCCCACGCCGUCGGCUUCCUGGCAUCAGCCGGCUCCAACGCCUCUGUUUGCCCCCUCACCUCCGCCGACCCCACUUGCACUGCCUCUAGUUCCUUUGUCGCCUGUGGGGUGAGGGCUCGUACCCCCUGUUGGUUCUUGCCUGUGUUGGCCAGGUUCACGUCUGUGUUUGCCAGGUUCUUGCCUGUGUUGGCCAGGUUCACGCCUGUGUUUGUCAGGUUCACGCCUGUGUUUGCCAGGUUCACGUCUGUGUUUGCCAGGUUCACGCCUGUGUUUGCCGGGUACACGCCUGUGUUUGCCAGGUACAGGCCUGUGUUUGCCAGGUUCACGCCUGUGUUUGCCAGGUUCACGCCUGUGUUUGCCAGGUUCACGCCUGUGUUUGCCAGGUUCUUGCCUGUGUUUGCCAGGUUCACGCCUGUGUUUGCCAGGUUCACGCCUGUGUUUGCCAGGUACAGGCCUGUGUUUGCCAGGUUCACGCCUGUGUUUGCCAGGUUCACGCCUGUGUUGACCAGGUUCACGCCUGUGUUUGCCAGGUUCACGCCUGUGUUUGCCAGGUUCACGCCUGUGUUGACCAGGUUCACGCCUGUGUUUGCCAGGUUCACGCCUGUGUUUGCCAGGUUCACGCCUGUGUUUGCCAGGUUCACGCCUGUGUUUGACAGGUUCACGCCUGUGUUUGCCAGGUCACGCCUGUGUUUGCCAGGUUCUUGCCUGUGUUUGCCAGGUUCACGCCUGUGUUUGCCUGGUUCACGCCUGUGUUUGCCAGGUACACGCCUGUGUUUGCCAGGUUCACGCCUGUGUUUGCCAGGUUUACGCCUGUGCUUGCCAGGUUCACGCCUGUGUUUGCCAGGUACACGCCUGUGUUUGCCAGGUUCUCGCCUGUGUUUGCCAGUUUCACACCUGUGCUUGCCAGUUUCACGUCUGUGUUUGCCAGGUUCACGCCUGUGUUUGCCAGGUCACGCCUGUGUUUGCCAGGUUACGCCUGUGUUGGCAAGGUUCACGCCUGUGUUGGCCAGGUUCACGCCUGUGUUGGCCAGGUUCACGCCUGUGUUUGCCUGGUUCACGCCUGUGUUUGCCAGGUACACGCCUGUGUUUGCCAGGUUCACGCCUGUGUUUGUCAGGUUCACGCCUGUGUUUGCCAGGUUUACGCCUGUGCUUGCUAGGUUCACGUCUGUGUUUGCCAGGUUCACGCCUGUGUUGGCCAGGUUCACGCCUGUGUUGGCCAGGUUCACGCCUGUGUUGGCCAGGUUCACGCCUGUGUUUGCCAGGUUCACGCCUGUGUUGGCCAGGUUCACGCCUGUGUUUGCCAGGUUCACGCCUGUGUUUGCCAGGUUCACGCCUGUGUUGGCCAGGUUCACGCCUGUGUUUGCCAGGUUCACGCCUGCACCUAAAAACUGGAAGACGCAAAUCACGAUGAAGAAAGUCAUGCUUGAGUCGGCAGAACCUGGAGAUGAGACAAUAAACAGCUCGGGCGGGAGUUCACUUCCACUUGAAAACAUCGACGAAUAA